GCCCUCCGCCUCCAAACCCUAGCCCCACCUCACCCCCCUCCGCCCGCCCGGAUCCGGCCACUCCGCCCGCCCCAGCCCUGGCUCCUGCGGCGAUGCGGGGCUCCAUCGCCACCUACCGGGAGAGCCUCUCCCGGCUCGCCGGCGAGGUCGACGACGCCGCCGCCGCCGCCGACGAGGAGGCGGCCGCGACGGCGACCCCGUCCCCCCACACGCCGCCCUCCUCGGGGCUGCGGAGGCGCUACUCCUCCUCCUCCUCCUCCCGCGCUGCCCGCCCCGACCCCGCCGAUCCCGACGAGAUUUCUAAACUCAAGGAAGAUAUUCAAAAGCUUCAAGCCUCGGAAGCUGAAAUAAAGGCAUUGUCCUUCAACUAUGCUGCGAUGUUAAAAGAAAGGGAGGAACAACUGGGAAAACUUCGUGAAGAAAAUGGCUCAUUAAAAAAAAAUCUGGAGAGUUCUAAAGCAGUUUCAGCCAAUUCUAAUGGUGCUUUGGAAAGAUCACCCCGUGGACUUCAAAGAAACUCAGUUCAAGAUAAUCCAUUAAAUAUCUCAAAGCAAAAUGGUUAUGGUGGUGGUGCAUCACAGGGUAUCCAGCCAAAUGGCUUGCACUCAAUGACAGGGCAUCGUAAGGCAGAUGUCUCAGAAGGGGAGCGAUCUAACUUUGCUGCUAAACAGGCUAGCCUUGAAAAUGAAAUCAAGCAAUUGAAAAGGCAACUCAGUGAAAAUUCUGAGAAAGAAACUGAAACAAAAAGGAGGUUAGAGGAUGAACACAAGCGGAAUGAAUUUCUACAGCAGCAGCUAAAUGAACUAAAUAUCAACAAAGAGAGGAUUUCAACUAGCAUGGAAGAGCUACACAAGGAGUUGAGUGAAAAGGAGGCAAAGUUGAGACGCGUACAAGAGGAUUUGAGUAGAAGGGACAAGGAGCAUGUGUCAGAUGCUUCCCUUCAGAGCCUAAGAAGUAUGGUGAUGGCUUUACAGAAGGAGAACUCAGAUCUAAAGAUAGAGAAGAGCAGGCUUGAGGCAGAUCUUGUGAGGAAGAAAAGUACAUCACAAACAAAUGAUGGUGGUGCAUCAGAUGUUAAUGAGAUUUCUGAUGCAGAAAAGGUUAUGGAAGAAGUGACUUCGUUGAAGAAGGCAUUACAUGAUGCUUCCUAUGAACGAGAUAAAGCAAUUCAAGAUUUGGCUCGGUUGAAACAACAUUUGCUAGAUAAGGACCUUGAGGAUCAAGAAAAGAUGGAUGAAGAUAGCAAACUCAUUGAAGAAUUGCGUGUAAUCUGUGACCAGCAAAGGGCUCAUAUAGUGCAGGUAGAAAGGGCUUUGAGGUUUGAGAUGGCGAAGCAGGAGGAGAGCAAGAAGACCAUUAAUGAAGAACAACAGAGGUCAAAUGAGCAAAUAACAGAUUUGAAAUACAAGCUUGCAAACUGUAUGAAUGCUCUUGAAUCGAAAAACCUGGAAUUGCUUAAUCUGCAGACUGCCCUUGGACAGUACUAUGCUGAGAGUGAAGCCAAGGAACGACUUGGAGGUGAUUUAGCUAUGGCCAGAGAAGAACUGGCUAAAUUGUCAGAGUCAUUGAAGGUGGCAAACCAAGCUAUUGAAAUUUCAAGAAGAGAAAAGGAAGAAGUAGCUGUCAAACUUUCACAAGCAGAGAGGAUGUUGGCAGAUGGGAAGCGCUCCAUGCAGAAGCUCGAGGAUGACAAUUCAAGAUUACGACAAGCACUGGAACAAAGCAUGACAACACUUAAUAGGAUGUCACUUGAUUCAGAUAAUUCUGUUGACAGACGCAUUGUGAUCAAACUAUUGGUCACUUACUUCCAACGAAAUCACAGCAAAGAGGUUUUGGAUCUUAUGGUUCGCAUGCUUGGCUUCUCUGAGGAAGACAAGCAAAGAAUUGGUUCUGCACAAAGUAAUGCUGGGAAAGGCGUUGUCCGUGGUGUUUUGGGUCUUCCAGGACGCCUAGUUGGAGGCAUUGUUGGCGGAAAUUCAGCAGGCAUACCUACUCAAGCGUCUCAGGACAACCAGUCUUUUGCGGAUCUGUGGGUGGACUUCCUGCUCAAGGAGACGGAAGAAAGGGAAAAACAACGAGAAGCAUCUGAAGCUGCAAGACUGUCGCAAGAAGAGAAUCAAACUGCCAGCACGAGCAACACGUUAAACGUCUCAAACCAGGCACCUGGUAUUUCUACAAGUCAACAAAUGUUUGGUCGUCCAGAUAGUGAAUUUGCAACGGUUCCACUCACAUCCUCAACAUAUACCCCCACACAGAUUCCCUUUUCAAGACCACCCCCAAGAUGAUUGUGAUCAAAGUGUACAGUAUUGAAUGCCUUUUUCUUGCAGCGUGCAUCAUGACAUAAGCUAUUCGUUUCAUUUGUUGACAAUGUUAUGAUAUAGUCAAAUUCAAAGUUACCCCUUUUUGUGCCCCUCCUUAUCCUCCCCAGGGAUAUAAAAAUGUCAUGUGUAAAUGUACUCCUACCGUUUCUACAGCAAAUGGAAAUGACAAAUUGCCAGAGUAUAUUUGUAGAUUCUACAAUCGGAACCCUUUGUAGUUUGUACCCUUCUUGUUCUGAUAUAAAACUGAGGAUUUUUGUUUUCAAAGCCAG